CGCGACGGAGAAAAACAGGAAAUGAAGACGCUUCGCCACAUCCGGUGUUGUCUCUAGCGCCUGCGCCCUAUGUGGGAGGGCCAGUGACGUCCGGUGAAAUCCAAGAUGGCGGCGCUAGGCUGACCCUGCUGUCGGUGACCGAAGUACCGCCCUCUCCCGCGACCCUCGGGGGACCGUACGCCGCUCCUCGCCGCCGCAGCUAUGUCUGGGCCCGGCAACAAACGCGCCGCCGGCGACGGGGGCUCAGGGCCUCCAGAGAAGAAGCUGAGCCGCGAGGAGAAGACCACAACUACUCUUAUCGAACCCAUUCGGCUUGGGGGCAUCUCCUCCACGGAGGAGAUGGACUUGAAGGUUCUGCAGUUCAAGAACAAGAAACUAGCAGAACGUUUGGAACAGCGACAAGCUUGUGAAGAUGAACUUCGAGAACGAAUUGAAAAGUUGGAGAAACGUCAGGCCACAGAUGAUGCCACACUCCUCAUUGUCAAUCGCUACUGGGCCCAGCUGGAUGAAAUUGUAGAAGCUCUUCUCCGAUGCCAUGAGAGCCAGGGGGAGCCAUCUGCAGGGAUGGAGGUACCUGGGACUCAGGAGGGGCCAACACGUGAUGUGAUUCCUCUCACAGAUCCAGGGACAUCAGAGCUGAGAGAGCCCCUGCCAAUGCAGCUGCGACCCCCUCUUAGUGAGCCAGCUUUGGCUUUUGUGGUGGCACUAGGUGCCAGCAGCAGUGAGGAAGUGGAGCUACAACUUCAGGGCCGCAUGGAGUUUUCUAAGGCAGCCGUGUCCCGGGUCGUAGAGGCCUCAGAUCGCCUGCAGCGCCGUGUGGAGGAACUGUGUCAGCGAGUAUACAGCCGAGGGGACAGUGAGCCCCCUGGUGAGGCCGCUCGAGCACGCACCCGGGAGCUGGGCCGUGAGAACCGGCGGCUACAGGACUUGGCCACUCAGCUGCAGGAGAAGCACCACCGCAUCUCACUGGAGUAUUCUGAGCUCCAGGAUAAAGUGACAUCAGCAGAGACUAAGGUGCUAGAAAUGGAGACGACAGUGGAAGACUUACAGUGGGACAUUGAGAAGCUACGUAAGCGGGAGCAAAAGCUCAAUAAGCACCUGGCAGAGGCAUUGGAGCAGCUCAACUCUGGCUAUUAUGUGUCUGGGAGCUCCUCAGGCUUCCAAGGGGGCCAAAUCACACUCAGCAUGCAGAAGUUUGAGAUGUUGAAUGCAGAAUUGGAGGAAAACCAGGAAUUGGCCAAUAGCCGCAUGGCAGAGUUGGAGAAGCUGCAGAUGGAACUUCAGGGUGCUGUGAGGACCAAUGAACGCCUCAAGGUGGCCCUUCGGAGCCUUCCUGAGGAGGUGGUACGGGAGACAGGCGAGUACCGCAUGCUGCAGGCCCAGUUCUCACUACUUUAUAACGAGUCUCUACAAGUGAAGACCCAGCUGGACGAGGCCCGGGGGCUGCUGCUGGCCACCAAGAACUCCCACUUGAGACACAUUGAGCAUAUGGAGAGUGAUGAGCUGGGACUGCAGAAGAAGCUGCGCACAGAGGUUAUUCAGCUGGAAGACACCUUGGCCCAGGUACGAAAGGAGUACGAGAUGUUGCGCAUCGAGUUUGAACAGAACCUGGCAGCCAAUGAGCAGGCGGGGCCCAUUAAUCGUGAGAUGCGUCACCUGAUUAGCAGUCUCCAAAAUCACAAUCACCAACUAAAAGGGGAUGCCCAGCGAUAUAAGCGGAAGCUUCGGGAAGUACAGGCUGAGAUUGGCAAGCUCCGGGCCCAGGCUAGUGGCUCAACCCACUCCAUCCCUAACCUGGGCCAUCCAGAGGACUCUGGCCUAAGUGCCCCAACCCCGGGGAAAGAAGAGGGUGGGCCAGGUCCUGUUGGUACCCCUGAUAGCAGAAAGGAGAUGACGUCAGUCUCUGGUGCCACCACUACUACCUCCUCAGUGAAGAAGGAGGAGCUGGUCCCCUCCGAAGAGGAUGCACAGGCCAUAACCCCAGGGGCCCAGGGCCCCUCCUCCCGGGGCCGAGAACCUGAAGCCAGGCCCAAGCGGGAACUUCGGGAACGGGAAGGGUCUGGCCUAGGACCACCACCUGUAGCCUCAGGUCUCUCAAGGGUGGAUCGAGAAAAGGCCAAGGUGGAAGAAGCCAAGAGGAAGGAGUCAGAGCUGCUGAAGGGUCUCCGAGCAGAGCUCAAGAAGGCCCAGGAAAGCCAGAAGGAGAUGAAGUUGCUGCUAGACAUGUACAAGUCGGCACCCAAGGAGCAGCGGGAUAAGGUGCAGCUUAUGGCAGCUGAACGCAAGGCCAAGGCUGAGGUUGAUGAGCUACGGAGCCGCAUUCGGGAACUGGAAGAAAGGGAUAGAAGGGAGAGCAAGAAGAUUGCAGAUGAGGACGCCCUGAGGCGCAUUCGGCAGGCUGAGGAACAGAUCGAACACCUACAGCGCAAAUUGGGUGCCACCAAACAGGAGGAAGAGGCUCUGCUGUCAGAGAUGGAUGUGACAGGUCAGGCUUUUGAGGACAUGCAGGAGCAGAACGGGCGACUGCUACAGCAAUUGCGGGAAAAGGAUGAUGCCAACUUUAAGCUGAUGUCAGAGCGGAUCAAGGCCAACCAGAUUCACAAGCUGCUUCGGGAGGAGAAAGAUGAGCUGGGCGAGCAGGUUCUUGGCCUCAAGUCCCAGGUUGAUGCCCAGCUGCUGACCGUGCAGAAACUGGAAGAAAAAGAGCGGGCCUUACAGGGCAGCCUAGGGGGUGUGGAGAAGGAGCUUACUCUGCGCAGCCAGGCCCUAGAGCUCAACAAGAGAAAGGCUGUGGAAGCGGCCCAGCUGGCUGAGGACCUAAAGGUGCAGCUGGAGCAUGUGCAGACUCGGCUGAGAGAGAUCCAGCCAUGUCUUGCAGAGAGCAGGGCUGCUCGCGAGAAAGAGAGCUUCAACCUCAAGAGGGCUCAGGAGGAUAUCUCACGGCUGCGACGCAAGCUAGAAAAACAGAGGAAGGUGGAGGUGUAUGCAGAUGCUGAUGAAAUCCUUCAGGAGGAGAUCAAGGAGUACAAGGCGCGGUUGACCUGUCCCUGCUGUAACACCCGCAAGAAGGAUGCAGUCCUUACCAAGUGCUUCCACGUUUUCUGCUUCGAGUGUGUGCGGGGCCGCUAUGAGGCCCGCCAGAGGAAGUGCCCCAAGUGCAACGCAGCUUUUGGUGCCCAUGACUUCCACCGUGUCUACAUCAGCUGAACCUGAAUCUCAGGGGACUUUGGAACACCCGUGGACCCUGGGGGCUGUGCCCCCAGCCCUUCCCCACCCAGGUGCAGUGGCCCCACCCUUCAUUCCAGACCCCAUGGGCCCAGCCCCUGCCCACCUAGUUGGUUUAGGGUCCUGGUGCAUGCUAUGGGAGUGGGAUCAACUAGGCUCAGUUCCAUCUUCUCCUGAAGGUCUGACCUGUAGCCUAGGGGGUGCUCCCAUGAGGCUCAGAACACUCAACUGAGCUUCCCAGAAGCUGGCCCUAACACUGUUCCUGCUUCUCCAUGGACUCAUCCUAACCCAAAGGGGGAUGUUCCCCAGGCUUUGACCACCCACCAAGAGGAGGCUCACCGUCUACGUACACACCCACAAUAAGGACCAGAGAUGGGCCAAUCCUCAGCCCCUUGCUUGAGACUAGGACAUAGGCCCCAGAGAGACUUUCUUCACCUAUCAACCCCUAGCCUGGGCAGGGCUUUUGUCCUUCCUGUGGAGUUCUCUGGAUACUGGUCUGGCUCUUGUGCCACAGGCUGAAGCUACCCCUGGGCAACUACCCUCUUCCUCUGGGAAGCUCUACAGUUGCUGCAGUCACUGCCCUCAUCUUGGGAGUGCCGAACCAAGAUCAUCAAUUUCUAUUCUAAUCAAGCCCUUCCCAAUCUACUUGUCUCCCAGCCCACUUACCCCCACCCCAGGUAUCCAUCCCAUGGCUCCACUGGGUCCUUGGCUCUAACUGUGCUUUCAUCCUGGUGGCCUUAAAUGCAAUGGAGUUGAAACUUCCCAGAGGGGAAGGGAUAGACCAGCCCCAGCCACUGGGCCAACUUCCAAUCAUUCCAGGUAGAAAAGCUUUGCCCAAAACACUCUGUGACAGCCUGUAUACAGGAUGCAUCCAUACUGUCUGCCCAGGUACACUCUGUGGGCUGUGACAGCACCCAGAGGGGCCUGGGAGGUGGAGCUGCUGACAGGUGCAGGGACCUAUUUGGUUGCAGCCGUUGCUCUAGAGAUGUCUUAUAUAGGCUGUUACUUGUUAUGAAUAAACGUCCAGCCCUCGACCUACA